CAUGGCGACCACAGAUGGCGACUGAUCGAAUGCCGUGCCGUGUGUUGAGGCGUUUUCUUGUUUGGUCGUUUGUGCUGUUCUCACAGAUUUCUACAUCACGGCAUACAAACUUUCAUUUAAACGUGAACAUUAGUGAACUUCAUUUAGAUAUUAAUUAGUGUUGGUUAUUUUUGUAGUAAUUUAGAAAUCUUUGUCGUGCUGUGUGUUGAGGGAGUUUAGUGAUAAGUAAUUUAGAAAAAGUAAUUUUUCAGUGUCUUCUUUGAACACUAUUACUUUCAGUUUUGUGUAAGUUGCUAGAUAAUUACCACAUUUAAUGCCAAUGAAGAAGAUAAUUUAGAACAUUAGAUCGUUUGUCAUGUUCCUGAAAAACUUCUUCAUAUUUUGUAAUUUGUUGAAAUGUCUGUCCAUUACAAGUUUAAAAGCGCAUUGGAUUACGAUACUGUUACGUUCGAUGGACUCCACAUAUCAGUAGGCGAUUUGAAAGGUGCUAUAUCGCAACAAAAACGGAUUGGAAAAACUUCAGACUUCGACUUGCAAAUUACGAAUGCUCAGACAAAAGAAGUGUAUGUGGAUGAUAAUACUUUAAUCCCAAAGAAUACAUCUUUGCUUGUUGCUAGAGUUCCUCUCUCUCAGCAACCAAAGAAACAGUGGGAAGGCUCUAGUGGAAACUCAUCAGGACUGCAUAAAGAUGUGGCUCCAAAAGGGCUGGCUGAUCUGUCUCGUAUGGAGGGCAGUGAACAGGAUAAAAUCAAUGCUAUGAUAACUCAGUCAACUUUUGAUUAUGAUCCUAGCAAUUAUCAGAAAAUUAGAGGUCAGAACCAAAGAGGAAUUGUCCCAUCCAAUUAUAUUUGUUACAAGUGUCAAAAUCGUGGACACUGGAUUAAAGAUUGUCCUACAGCUAACUCGGGUGAACCAGUAGAAAUAAGAAGAAGUACAGGGAUCCCCCGAAGUUUUAUGGUACCGGUGGAAGGUCCUAAAGCACCAGGAGCCAUGAUGACCCCAAGUGGAACUUUUGCUGUGCCAGCAGUUGAUCAUGAAGCAUAUUUGGCUUCGGAAAAUGCUGGAGGGGCAGAUACGCCGACGAAUGCGCCGGCUGCGCCCGAACCUAACAUUCCUGAUGAACUCAUCUGUAGUCUGUGUAGAGAUCUACUUACAGAUGCUGUCAUGAUACCAUGUUGUGGCAACUCUUUUUGUGAUGAAUGCAUAAGAGGUGCUUUGUUGGAAUCUGAAGAUCAUGAGUGUCCAGAUUGCCGGGAGAAAGAAAUUGCACCUACCACUCUUAUUCCAAACAGGUUUUUGAGAAAUUCUGUAUCAUCGUUUCGGAACCAAACUGGGUACAGUCGGAGAACUCCUCACCGGCCGGCGGCUCCACCAGCACAACAACAUCCUAAUAUAUUGGACCCUCCUGUGAAUAUACCCGUGCAGCCACCUCUCAAUGGACCGGUACAGCCAGGAAUGCCAACAGAUUCAAGCGUCGCAGGCGGAGGAGCGUACGAGUCGGACGGCUCUGCCGACGACAAUAUCACCGUGACGGUGCCGCCGCCGACCGCCGCCGCGCCGCGCGCCCCGCCGCCCGCCGCGCCGCCUCUCGCCGCGCCGCCGCCCGCCGCGCCGCCGCACGCCGCGCCGCCGCGACACGCGAACAUGCACCGACCGCCGAGCUAUGGCCCACCACCAUUGAAGUCUGGUUUGGAACCUCCACUAAAUAUAAAUAUGCCGCAUAGAGUAGACGAGCAGCGAGCUAGUACACCCACUAUUGACGAGCGGCGGGAUCCUUUGUCUACUCAGGCGUACAAUCGCGGACCUCCACCGUACAUGCCGGGGGUACCGUCGCCAUCGCGUCGUUAUAACCACAGGCCUUAUGAUAGACACGGCCCUCCGGGUGGACCUCCGUUCAACCGGUAUCCUCCUGAACCUUUUCAACCGCCUCCGCCUGGAAUUAAAGAUUCUCCUAAUGGGCACAGUGAGGAUCCGCUCGAGGCGUUCAACAGAAUGAUUCGCGAGAAGGAAAUGCGCGCGAAACGGCGCGAGGAGCGACGGCGCGCCGCGUCGGGGUCUCGCAGCCCGCGCUCGCGGUCGCGCUCGCCCGCGCGCUCGCCGCCGCCGCGCUCGCUCGCGCGCUCGCCGCCGCGCUCGCCCGCGCGCUCGCCGCCGCGCUCGCCCCCUCGCUCGCCCCGCGCUCGCCCUCGCAGUCGCGGCUCCAGCAGACUCCGGUACUCUAGAUCUCGAUCAAUUUCUCGGGGUCGGCUGCGACGAUCGCCAUGGUCACCCAGGAGACGUCGCACUCGCGAGCGGACUCUCUCGUUAACACGGUCCCCGUCGCCACGUCGGCGACCUCGCUCCCCUCUGCGGUACCGCUCUCCGCUCCGCUCCCCGCUCCGCUCGCCGCCGCGCUCGCUGCCGCGCUCGCCGCUCCGGUCGCCGCCUCGCUCGCCGCCCCGCUCGCCGCCGCGCGAUCACAGGCGGUCCGCGCUUAGAUCGCCGCCGCCGAGGGCCGUGUCUCCUCAUCGGUAUGCUGGUGUAUAUGACGAACUGUUGUCGCCGCCCCGUCGUAGUGUAGAGCCGCCAUACGGAUCCAGAUAUGGAUCCAGAAACAAUGUGCCACUACAGGUAUAUCCCCCGGUAGGGAGCAAACCAGUCCCUUUAAUGGGUAUCCCAGUUCAGAUUGAACCACCCGCUAAUUACAGAGGGCGUUAUGAUGGGCCCCCAUUCGAAGAUAUUCCACCUGGUGUCGAACCACCAGUACCUGGUUUUGAACCUUCGCCAUUUGAAAAGCCUCAGUUUGGUCCACUUGGUCCUUUAGAACGCGACAGGAUUCUUCCACCAAUCUUAGAACGAGAUAGGAUUCCUCCACCAGGCUAUAGAGAACCUUAUAGGCCCCCAUAUGUAGAGGGACCACCAGGAUUUAGAGAGACCCCGGUACCUAACGUUCCGAGCGAAAUUCCUGUUCAUGUAGGAGACCAACCUCGAUAUCGAGAUAAUUUCAGACCAGGCCAUUUCCGUGAUCAGGGACCAUAUAGGGAUGGCCAGCCUUAUCGUGAUAUCGGUUUACAAGGACCAUAUCGAGAAAAUAAUUAUAGAGGUGGACCACCUCCUUUCCGCGAUGCGCCUUAUAGAAAUGCAUCUUAUCGUGAUGGCAGUUUUCGUGAAAACGCUCAACAUGGUUUCAGAGAAGGUGCAGCACCUUUCAGACCACCUAGUGCGGAUCCUCGAGAGCCGCCUCUUAACUUACAUGAUCCCAAUUUCAGAGAUGGUUUUAAGGAUGAGAAUAAUCGCGAUUCUAUGCGUCCUGGUUAUCGGCCUAGUGUUCGAAGUAGGAUUGGAUCACGACGCAAUCCUAAUUUGGAAUCAGACAGGCAUAGAGAUGGUCGAAACAGAGAGAGAUAUCACGAUAGUCGAGAUCCACCUGAACGACUAGAGAGAGUUAAAAAUAGAGAAAAUCGUGAUGGGCGCGAAGAACGGCCAAGAGACUAUGAAAGAAGUCGUGAAUAUGAAAAGGAAAGAGACCGUGAGUAUGACAGGUCUACACCAGAAAAGAAAUCACGUCUGUCGCCUAAAAGGACUAGAGAAAUUCGUGAGAAAAAACGUAGUGAAUCUAGAGGUAGAUCGCGUGAUAGAGAAAGUAAGCGGGAAAAGAAAGAAGAAAGAGUACGAGAGAAAACUUCAGUUGACCGGAGUAAAGAUCACAAAGAAAAAGAGAAAGAUAAAAAAGUUAAAGAAAAAAAGAAGAAGAAACGAGAAAAAGACACGGAGAAAAAGAAAAAGCGAGAUAAAAAAGAGAAAAAGGAGAAAGAAAUAACAGUUAAAAAAGAGGACGAAGCCAAUGAGAAGAAUGAUACUCAGGUAGAGCCAAAUGAAACCGGAGAUGGUGACGUGCCGCCUGCAGAACACAUCAAGGGAACUAAAACGGAGGACGAAAAUAAUAUAGCGCUUGUAAAAACGGAAAUUACACCUAUUAUAGAAACUGAAAAGAAAAUCGACAAUGACUUGUAUGGCGAUGAAGCCUUCGAAGCUAUUGACAAGGAAAUUAUUCAACAUUAUGGAAAAACGAAUGAUACCGAUUUACCUCAGGUAAUUAAAAAACAUGAAAAUUCUAAAGAAGAACCUUUUGAUGGAAUCGAACUACAAGCUUCGGCCGAAGAAUUAGACUUAAAAGUUGAUGUAGAGGUUACUGCUCAAAGCAAAGAAAUGUUGGCUCCUCUCCCAGAGCUUUCUAAAUGGGAAGUUGAUGAAGACGUAGAAAAAGUAAAGGAACCAGGAGAAAUAUCUUCUCCAGAAGAAGACGAAGGAGGUAAAGUAACAUCCGAUGUUAUUAAAAGGGCUGAAAAUGCUAUUUUCGCUAAAGCUAUACAUUCAUUAAGACCUAUUGAAAUUAAAAAAAUAAGCAGUGAUAGACUAAAACUUUAUGGAGAUGAACCACCUAAGAGUUCAAUUCAGAUCACUGUGCCGGUUGCAGAUUCUGAACAAAGACAAAUUGAAAUUAAUGAAAAAAAACGGAGAUCAUCAAAAACGCCACCACCACGAUUGUCCGUUAAAGAUCGUCUUGGAGGAAAAGUUGAAGAUAUCCGUAGACCUAGGGAAGCUCGUGUUGUACAGAGUACAGUGGAACGCGUUAAGUCCAGAUCUAAAACGCCUAAGAAAGAACAAACUUAUAGAAGAGUGACAAUUGACCGAGAUAGGAUAAGGAAAGCUGAAGGAAUUGGUAGAUUUGAUAACUCGAAGGGUGAUAGACGCGUGAUUCCUGAACAUUUAAAAAAUAUGGAGAAACAUCGUGGUCGUAGUCCUACUGCUGAAAGCAAAAAGAAAGAACAUAAAAGUUCUAAGGAAGAAAAGAGGUCAAUUUCUGAAGGUGUACCGCAAACCGAAAGUAAUAAAAAUGCAUCUCAAUCAAAGAAAGAAACGGAUCGUGAAAGGAAAAAGUCGGUUUUAGACGAAGCACAAUUUGAGCCUGAUUAUGACGAGACUUUAGAAUCUGAAAAUGAGCACAAAGAUGACACUGUAAGGAAACGUUCAGCUUCACCUACAGAACAAACAGAACUAAAAAAACCGAAAUUGGAAAAUGAAACAAUCAAACUAGACUUGACAAACGUUAAAAAGAAGCGUGAUUCAGACAGCGAGUCCUCUAGUGACUCUGAAUACUCGUCGUCAUCUUCUUCAUCUGACGCUCGCAAGCGUAAGAAGAAAAAGAAACGUAGUAAGAAAAAGAAGAAACGAGUUGCUAGUGAAAGUGACAGCGAGUCGGAUUCCAGUUCCGAUGACCACAAGAGGAAAAAGAAAAAACGCAAACAUAAGAAGAAGUCGAGUAAGAAAAAGAAAAAAUCUAAACAUAAGUAAGGAUUGGUUUAAAGUAGAUCAGUAUACUUUUUCUUUUAUUAAAGCAAAUUUUUGCAUUUGCAGAAUAGAAUAAGAUAUCCCAUAGUUUUUUUGCUGUAUUCAAUUGUAACAACCUUACAUUCGUAAGACGUUUGUCGUUUUGAUAUACAUAAUAAUACACAUAUGUAUAUAUAGAUUUUGCGUCAAAUGUUUUAAAUAAACUCCCAACUCAUAGUAUCGUUUUAUUUUCACCAAAAGCCAUAGUUUGUUUACGUAGUGUGUGUAUUGUGGAUAUAGUGUAGAAAUUCAAGGACGUGUUUCUUUCUUAAGAUUCUACAUAUCAAGGUACAUUAUCUAUGGUAUAGCCUUGGUGUUGAAUCUACAUAGUUAGCUAGCUUCCUUGGGAAAUUCUAGAAGAAAUUUCUCCUGAUUCUUUCUCUGUGCUAAAUUUCGUCAACAUCGGUCCAGUUGUUUAUGAGAUGAGUUGCAUAUAAGUAUUGACCACUUGGAAGAAAACUAAUUAAAAAAAUAUAUAAAGUUUUCUUUAUUUUUGAUAAAAAUAACAAUACCAAUACGAAUAUAUUAAAAUUAAAAAUGACCACAAAAGAGUUUACAAACAAACAAACAAAAUACAUAUUAUAAAUUUAGGAACUGCAUUAUUAAUCAAGUCCAGUUGAGGCAUAGAGAGGUGUAAGAGG